AUGGAGAAGAGAAAGAAAGGGACGUCCUUGGAGCUGAGGUUAAUGGUAGUUGGCAGCAGUGGCCCAUCUCAGUUCCAGCUGACAAAUGCUAUCCUAGGAAGGGAGGUGUUCCCCAAGGACACCACAAGCAUUUCUGGCAGCCGCAAGAUUUUGGGAGAACUGGCCGGUCGACGGGUGGCUCUGAUAAGUGCCCCCAAUCUCUAUGAUAAAGAUAUAUCCAGUGUCAAGAGGAAGAUGGAGCUUAGAAGGUCCAAGUGCUUGUCAGUGCCUGGUCCCCAUGCAUUCCUGGUGGCCUUCGACAUGGAGAAAAUCUCACCGAAUGACAUAAGAACCCCGCAGCUAAUGAUGAACCGCUUCGGAAGAUACUGUUUGAGACACUGCAUUGUCCUGCUUGCCUAUGACGGGAACCCAGACAGCGCCGUCUUGGAGGGCGUCGUGCAGAACACCGACUGGCCCUUAAGGCAUCUGAUCGAGGACUUUGGUGGGCGUUUUUAUAUUUUCAACAAAAACUGGCGCGACCGCAGCCGAGAGCAGGAGCUACUACAGAAGAUUGAGUGGACAGUGGCAUCCCUGGGUGGCGCGUGCUUCACCAGCGGGACCUUCCAGAAAGCUGAGCGCAGUGUGAAGAAGGAGGAGAAAAGGCUCAUGAAGAAGAUGGCAGCUGAUAAUGAGAAAGUGUGGAGUGAGCUGGAGAAAAAGUACCUGUCGGAUGAAUUGUACCGGCGCAAAGAUGCCCACACAGCCAGCGUCAGUGCCAAGAUCCGGGCAAAGGCAGAGGUAGACAACGGCUGGCUGAGAACAUCUCUGGCUAGGGGGGUGGGCUCGGGCGUGGUGGUGGGGGCUGUCAUGGGGGCAUUGGUGGGCUCUAUAGAGGGCCCGGGAGGGAUGGUACUGUACGGAAUCAUCGGCGGGGCGGUCGGCGCGUCGGCAGGUGGUGCAGCUCAGGUGGCCACCAAGCACAUGGAGGAUCGAGUGGCCCCUCCUGCUCGAGUCAACUUCAACUCCAUCUUCAUCAAUCGCUUCUUUGCCACCCCUCGGCCCUGA